CUUCGCCGCCGCAAGUCGCUCUGCUCUCCGUCACGGCUUUUCUCCAGCCAGACCCGCCUCACUUCUUAACCCUCCUCCGAAAUCGCCGACUUUCGAGACGAGAGCGCGUCACUUUCCCUUUCAUUAAUCUCCACCAAUGUGGCGUUCAAGUCACUUGUGCGCUUUCCUUUCCGACUCUCUGGAAAGACCCCACGACAGUUGAAAAUACAGCGAACGGGCUUAAGAGAAUGGAACGUCAACGGAAGCGAGAGCUCCGCGAUCUCAACGAGAGAGCCUGGAAUGGCGAAAGUGAUGUCUUCCCCGUCAGCAAGUCUCUCGAUUCCGCGCUGAAGAAAAACACCGCCUUCAUCAAACGUCUCCGCACGGGCAUCAACGCCGCCGCCCAGCAGACCUUCCUGUCCGACAUCCGCACGCUCUCGCUCCACAAGUACCUCUCCGAGAUCAUCUCCGCCUGCUUCGAAGGCCUCUGCAAGCUAAAGUCGCCCGGCGAAAUCGCCACCGGGGUCGAAAUCGCGAGCGCCCUGCACCAGCGAUUCGGAGCCGCGGAGUUCACGCGACAGAUCGGAUGGCUUCUGGGUCGCGGCCUCAGCACGCCGGACAAGGGGCAGUUGAAGGCGCUGAGUCCUGAGGUGCGCGAGCGCGAGGAGAAGGAGCGCUUGUCUCGUCACCGGAUUUUGCUCCGCGUGGUGACGGAGUUGUGGCUGGUGGGGGUUUUGCGGACGCUGGAUGAUAUUGAACGGCCGGAGGACGUGGGCACGAAGGGGAAGGAGGGGCUGGUGGGGAUUGGCGGGAAGGCUUCUGAAGUGCCCUCCAAGGCUAAGGUCACCCCUGCGGCGCGAGAUGGCGAUAAGGAGGCUGAGCCGUUUCCUUUGGAAGUCUUGAAGGAUCUUUUAGGCCACGACCGCGACCACACCAACCUGCCGCUUGCCGUCCUGUUCGUCAAGAGCUUCAGCUGGGAUAUUCUAGGGACCAAACCGGUGGAUGAAGGUCGGAAGACGGUUGAAGCGGAUGGUACCACGACUGCUACUGCGCCCGCGGAGAUUCCGGCGACGAACGGCGGAGACAAUGGAGAUGCGACUGAGGACGACCCGCCACUUGUUCCAGAGAAGGCCCAGUCCCGCUUCCGAAGCAUCCUGAACCGAUAUCUGGAGGACGUCAAGGCGCACGUUGUACGCGAUCAACGGGCGUUGAUCAACCAGAGUCGUCGCAAUGCGGAGGCCUACGUCAAGAGUGGCGAGAUCUUCGAGGAUCGCCAGGCGAACUUCGAGAAGCAGACCAAGACGCUGGAGAAGCUGGUGGCAAACACUCAGGUCUUGUGCGAGGCGCUCGGUGCGGAAAUGCCGGCUUUGGCCGAGCAGGAGACAACCGACGCCAACUCCAGCGGGGGGAUAGGGCUUGUGAAGACUGCUGAAUACCUGCGCGGCCAAGGCGACGGUGCGGGGAUCUGGGAAGAUGAAGAAGAGCGACGCUUCUACGAGAACUUGAUGGACCUUAAGGGAAAAGUGCCGGCUGUUUUGCUCGAGGAUGGGAAGAAGAAAAAGAACGAGUCAGAGGAGACGGCCAAGAAAGACGGUACACCGGAGGGGGUCGAGAAGUCCGAACCAGCCUCCCAACCUUCAGCCUCUGAGGAGAAGGCGUCCGCAGAUGCAGACGACCAGUCUAUGGCCAUCGCAAGCAAAACCGUCGGUGCGCAGGUCGACGCUCUCCUGGCAAAACUCCCCGAUCUGCAGACAAAGGACCACGUCGAUCAGCUGGCGCUGGACUUCUGCUUCGUGAACUCAAAGGCCUCGCGAAACAGGCUUGUCAAGGCUGUAUCCGACGUCCCCAAGGGCCGCAUCGAUCUUCUGCCGCUAUACUCCCGCCUAGUGGCAACCCUGGGCCAGUACCUACCCGACAUCCCGCAGGGAAUAACGACAUACCUCGACGAAGAGUUCCGCAGUCUCCAGCGCCGAAAGUCCAAGGAGUUCCUGGGCCAAGUCCGCAUGAGCAACGUCCGCUACCUAGCGGAAUUGACCAAAUUCGGCGUUGUCCCGGAGCACAUCAUCUUCCACUGCUUCAAAGUCUCGCUGGAUGACUUCUCGCGCAUGAACAUCGAGAUCAUCGGUCAUUUGCUGGAGAACUGCGGUCGGUACUUGUUCCGCAACCCGGAGACUUCCCCGAGAAUGGCUUCGUUCCUAGAGACACUCACACGGAAGAAGACGGUCCAGCAUCUCGGUCAGCAGGAGCGGAUGAUUAUCGAGAACGCGGUGUACUAUGUUGAUCCGCCGCCGCGGCCUGCUAUUCAGCAGAAGGAGCGCACGCCUAUGGAGUCUUUUAUUCGUCGGCUUGUGUAUCUGGAUAUGAAUAAGCGGAAUUAUACGAAGAUUCUGAAGUCGAUCCGCAAGCUUCAUUGGGAAGAACAAGAGGUGGUUGAUAUCCUGGAGCGUGUGUUUUCGAAACCGGUCAAGGUCAAAUACGGCAAUAUCCACCUCCUCGCGAUUCUCGUCAGCGCUCUGUACAGGUACCACCAGGAUUUCGUGAUUGGGAUCGUGGACAACAUUCUCGAGCGUAUCACGCUUGGGCUUGAGCAGAACGAGUUCAAGUUCAACCAGAAGCGCAUCGCCGAAGUCAAGUACCUUGGAGAGCUGUACAAUUACAAGAUGAUCGACUCGCCGGUCAUCUUCGACACGCUGUAUCGGAUCGUCACGUUUGGCUAUGAAGGUGGAACCCCGAUUCCAGGGAGGAUUCAACCGCUCGACCUGCCCGAUGACUUCUUUCGUAUCCGUCUGGUUUGCACUCUCCUGGAUACCUGCGGACACUGCUUUGACCGUGGAUCCGCCAAGAAGAAACUGGACUUUUUCUUGACGUUCUUCCAGUACUACAUGUGCACGAAAGACCCACUGCCCAUGGACGUUGAUUUCCUCGUGCAAGACACCUACUCGGUCACACGGCCUCAAUGGAAACUAGUGACCGACCUAGAAGAAGCCACUAAGAUCUUCGGCGAAGCAGUAGCCCAGAACUACAAGACGCAGGAUACCGAGAGAGCGGCCGAGCCAGAGGAGGACGACGCCGACAGCAGCUCAUCAGACGAGGGUCUCGAAGAAGACGUGAUCCCCGAAGCCGAAGACGACCAAGAGUCGAGCGACGAAGGCGAGGCCGACGCAUCCGGACCCAAUGAACAAAACGAAGACAGCGACUUCGAAGAAGAAAUCUUCGUCACCCGCCAAGAAGAGGAACGCGACCCCCAAGUCGAAGCCGAGUUCGACCGCGAGUUCGAAAAGAUGAUGUCCGAGAGCAUCGACUCGCGCAAGUUCGAGCGCAAAGCCGUCUUUGACAUUCCCCUGCCCAUGAAGCGAUCUGCGCGCGAAGGCGCGGGGGCUGAGAACGCGCCGCUGGAGCCGUCGGCGCCCCCGCCGAGCAGCCACCACCGGCACAGGCGCCGGCGCCGGCGCAGCACAAUACGAUGGCGUUUUCGCUGAUGACGAAGAAGGGGAAUAAGCAGCAGACCCGCAAAAUCGACAUGCCAUCCGACUCCAGCUUCGCCAUCGCGAUGAGAACGCAGCAGCAAGCCGACCGCGAAGAACAGCAACGCAUCAAGAGUCUAGUCCUGAACUACGAGAUGUCCAACGAGCCCGAGACCGCCGA